CCUUACCCCUCUCACCUCUCACCCCCUCACCACCUUGCUCUUUCAACCCCUCACCCCUUCACUCUCACCCUCUCACCUCCAUUAGUCUCAUCAGUGCUGUAGCUAAGCUAUUCUAAAGCACAGCUCUCUCCUUUAGUCUCAUCAGUGCUGUAGAUGAGCUAUUCUAAAGCACAGCUCUCUCCUUUAGCUUCAUCAGUGAGGAUAUUAUAAAGAGGAAUGGAUUGUAGAUUCCAGCUCUGGAUCUGUGUGUGAAUCCUGUUUGUAAGGGAGGGUGUGUGCUUGAGAUUAGCUGGGGAAUGAGAUUCCAUUUGGAUUAACACACAUGAGAGAGAACUGACAGAACCUGAAGAACAGGGCUGGUGUAGAACUGCUGGCAGAUCAGCCACUCAAACCUCAGUGGUACAAUGCUGCCCCCUGCAGGAAGUGCUGUCUCUGAUUGUUAGGCGUGUCUAACAGGAAGAGGGAAGUACAGUUUCUCACACACAGACGCUUCAGUUACGCUGGGGAUCUUAUGAUAUGAUUUCAAUGUAUAUUUCUCAGAUAUUUCAGAAUUUCUGAAGAUUUUGCCUUAGGAAUAAAAAAAGGUAGGGAAGAACGGAGAUUCGGGACUCAAUUAAAUUCUGUCUUUUUUAAUCUGCAGAUUUUGUAUUAGAAGUAAGUGAAAGUGAAACUAAAUUACAGAUUUAGCAGAAAUCAGUACUGAGCUCAAAACCAACAGAGACAGAAUGGCAUCUGGAUCUUCUUUCCUGGAAGAGGAGCUCUCAUGUCCUGUGUGCUCUGAAAUCUUCAGGGAUCCUCUUGUCCUGAGUUGCAGUCACAGCAUCUGUAAGGCCUGUCUGCAGCAGUACUGGGAACAGAAGGAAUCUCAGGAGUGCCCAGUGUGCAGGAGAAGAUCUUCUAUGGAUGUUCCUUUCCCUAACUUGUCUCUGAGGAAUACUUGUGAGGCGUUCUUAAUGGAUAGAGCUAAAGCAGGAUCGGAAGUGCUCUGCAGUCUGCACAGUGAGAAACUCAAACUCUUUUGUUUGGUGGAUCAAAUACCCAUCUGUGUCAUCUGCCAAACUUCAAAAAAACAUGCAAACCAUGAACUGCUACCAGUUCAGGAGGCAGCAGAAGACUAUAAGGAGAAACUCAGGACUGCACUGGCUCCACUGCAGGAGAAGCUAAAAGCCUUUAAUGCAGUGAAACUAGUUUGUGAUCAAACAGCAGAGCACAUCAAGAGCCAGGCCCAGCACACAGAGAGACAGAUAAAGAUGGAGUUUGAGAAACUUCAGCAGUUCCUAAAAGAUGAAGAGACAGCCAGAGUCACUGCACUGAGGGAGGAGGAGGAGCGGAAGAGUCAGAUGAUGAAGGAGAAGAUUGAGAAGAUGACAGAAGAGAUAUCAUCGCUUUCAGAACAAAUCAGAGCCAUAGAACAGGAGCUGGGAGCUGAAGACGUCUCAUUCCUGCAGAGCUACAAGGACACACAAAACAGAGCCCAGUGCACACUGGCGGAUCCAGAGAAGGUCUCAGGAGCGCUGAUUGAUGUGGCCAAGCACCUGGGCAAUCUGAAGUACAAAGUGUGGGAGAAAAUGCUGGGGACUGUUCAAUACACUCCUGUGAUUCUGGACCCAAACACAGCAAAUCCCAAACUCUCACUGUCUGAGGAUCUGACCUGUGUGAGACGCAGUGAUGAGAGACAGCAGGUUCCUGAUAAUCCAGAGAGAUUUGAUGUGUGGCGGUGUGUGCUGGGCUCUGAGGGAUUCAGCUCAGGGAGACACUGCUGGGAUGUAGAAGUGGGGGGUGAGGCCUGGGCGGUGGGUGUGGCUAAAGAGUCCUUCAGCAGGAAAAGGGAUGUGUAUCUGUGCCCAGCAGGAGGAGUGUGGGGUAUUCAGCGGGGCUUUCAGCGUUAUGAAGCCCUGACAUCCCCAACUACAGUCCUCACUGUGCAGAGGGAACUCCAGAGGGUCAGAGUGCAGCUGGACUGGGACAGGGGGGAGGUGUCAUUCUCUGACCCCAGUGACAACACUCCUCUCUACACUUUUAAACACUCCUUCACUGAGAGAGUGUUUCCAUUCUUCUGGCUUGAUUUUAUGUGUACCGAUCCACUGAAGGUGUCCAGUGUUUCCCCCAGGAUUUCAUUGUAGGCAGGGGGGGUGAG